AUGGAGACUACCGACAGUCUGAUAAUUUUAAAUGAGCUCCGUACCGAGACAUUAGAUCCCAGAUCCCGAACGGAAAAAAAAAAAAAGCAAGGCAAGAAUCGGAAAAUAGUACCUAAGAGUGAAAAGGCCCCCCCAAAACAAGCCAAAAAUCUAACCAGACACACCCCUCCAUCUAAGGGAAGGCCAACACGCAAAGCCAGAAGUGGAGGAAAAGGGUCCAGCGAAGUGAAGGAAACCACUGCCCCAAGAGACCCUCCCAAAAACCAUUAG